GAGCUGUAUUUCAGAGGGAGCAGAGAGAGUGUUCAGACUGAUGAGGUGCAGUGUCUGGGAGGUCUGGAACUGUAGCUACAAAGGAAAGAGAAAAAGAAAGAGAGAGAUAAAAUAAACCAGAUUGACCAGAGAGAUAUGCCCUGAUGGACUGGUGAGAAGGAGGUCGUGAGAUCAUUGUGAUGUCGUGCCAGGCGUUCAGCGCGGACUCCUUUACCACCCUGGCAGGAGACUCUCUGCCCCUCCUCAUGCACCAUGCCUCCGCUGCCGACUGCCUGCCCUCCUCCGCCUCCACACACACACACAACAUGGUGUCCGCAGUCCCGUCAGGUCUGUCUCUCCUCCAGUCCUCCAAGCGUUCCCACAUGCACCUCUCCACCUCCACCCUUGGCAACGCUCUCAGCAACGGUCCCCCCGGCCUGCACUACCCCGUCACACCCUGUCACUAUAGCAACCAACAGACCACUUACGGCAUGAUGGCAGCUCAGGAGAUGCUGUCUGCCAGUAUAUCUCAGACCAGAAUCCUCCAGACCUGCAGCGUCCCGCACCCCAACAUGGUCAACGGAGCAAACACACUGCAAGGUUCAUUGGCCCCUUGUCUGUAUAAGUUUCCAGAGCAUGGUCUGGGUGGGGGGUCGUGCUCUCUGAGCCACAGUUUCCCCCCACUGCCCCCGGCCGUGCUGUCUGAUGAGCCGCCCCUGGGGGGCACUAAGGACCUCCGCCUUAGGAGCCGGCCACCAGACGAACCCCCCGACAUGGACUCACCUCAGAUACGAGAGCUGGAGAAGUUUGCCAACGACUUCAAACUCCGCAGGAUCAAACUGGGGUACACCCAAACUAACGUUGGAGAGGCUCUGGCUGCGGUGCAUGGCUCAGAGUUCAGCCAGACAACCAUCUGUCGCUUUGAGAACCUGCAGCUGAGCUUCAAGAACGCCUGCACGCUAAAGACCAUCCUGGCUAAGUGGCUGGACGAAACAGAGCAGGCCGGGGCUCUGUUUAAUGAGAAAAUGGGCAUGAAUGAGCGUAAGAGGAAACGAAGAACCACUAUCAGUCUGGGGGCUAAGGAGGCAUUGGAGCGUAGUUUCGGGCAGAAGAUCAAGCCCUCAUCUCAGGAGAUCGUCCGUAUGGCCGAGGGGCUACAUCUGGAGAAGGAGGUGGUCCGGGUCUGGUUCUGUAACCGUCGGCAACGAGAGAAACGGGUCAAGACCAGCCUUCACCACAGCUCCUACCUGAUCAAGAACAGUCCUACCUAUAGAUAACCCUAACCCCUAUCUGUCCUCCAAUGCCAAAAAACCUUGAGUUCGGGUGUGACCUCAUUCUUUAAUUGGACCAAAAGCGUAUUGUUCUUCAAGUGCCUGCAGCCUACUACCAUUUCUCCCAGAAGUGCCCAAACCUACGUAUAACAAUUUAUGAUUCCAUGUCUGGUCGUUGUAAAAAGAAAUGAUACCCAUGUGUCUUUAUCAUGAUCUAUUUAUCUGAAAUGUAAUAUAUAAAACUGAAUGAUUAUGAAUGUGUACAUCUAAUUUAAUGACAGAUGUGUUUUCAAGUCAGAGACAUCUUCAACCUAGAGAGAACUAUAUAGAGACAUUCUCAGACAUUUCGAUAUGUAAGAAAUCAAAACGCAAUGUCCCAGUUGCGCGUGUCAUUUUUCAUACUUACUGAUUUCUUGAUGCAUUUCCCAUGAAUAAAUACAUACAAACCAACAGUGUGGUGAGGACAGGAGAUGAUUUAAGUGAUGAAUAUACAAGCACCUGUGUCCCUGUAGCACACUGGAGACAUUAUACUGCAUCAGUGUAGAGCUGGGCUCAAAAGCAGGCCAGAAGUGCCAGUCAUUGUCUUACAAUCAAUCAUUCAGUACAGGGUAGAUGUAUACAAAUAAAAAAGAGAGAGAAAAAUAUGAUUUAAUGAAACAUUUAUCAGAGAUGCAAUUAAUUAAUUCAUGGAUUGUGCACUGACAUGCAUUUAAUGUAAUGAUUUGUUGAUUAAUUUAUUAAGCAGCUGGUGUUUCCGAGAGCCCAAUAAAAGGGAGCUGAGCACCCUGCGCUGCAUGAGUGACAUUU